AUUACAGUGCAUCACGGUGAGGUCACUGUAGUGCUGCGGUUAAAUUAGCUGACUAGCGGGAGCAGUGUGGUGCUAAGCUAUUAGCAUCUUGUUUAUGUGUACUGUGGGUUGAAUAAACAGCAGUGUGAAGAAUGUCUGGAAGCGCAGGAGAAUGGUGUCUGAUGGAGAGCGACCCCGGGGUUUUCACGGAGCUCAUCAAAGGUUUUGGCUGCAAAGGAGCCCAGGUUGAAGAGAUCUGGAGCAUGGAGCCAGAGAACUUUGAAAACUUGAAACCAGUUCAUGGGUUGAUUUUCCUGUUUAAGUGGCAACCUGGUGAAGAACCAGCGGGAUCGAUUGUCCAGGAUUCAAGACUUGAUCACAUCUUCUUUGCCAAACAGGUCAUUAACAACGCUUGUGCCACCCAGGCGAUCAUCAGUGUUUUGCUCAACUGCACCCAUCCUGACAUGUCUCUCGGAGAUACGCUGACGGAGUUCCGAGAGUUUUCACAGAGUUUUGACGCAGCUAUGAAAGGUUUGGCUCUCAGCAACUCUGAAGUGAUCCGACAAGUUCACAACAGCUUUGCCAGACAGCAAAUGUUUGAAUUUGAUGCAAAGUCUUCGGCGAAGGACGAGGAUGCCUUCCACUUUGUGAGUUACGUUCCUGUAAACGGCAGACUAUACGAGCUGGACGGGCUUCGAGAGGGGCCGAUCGACCUGGGUGCGUGCAACCAGGAUGACUGGAUCAGCGCAGUCCGCCCAGUGAUCGAGAAAAGAAUACAGAAGUACAGUGAGGGAGAGAUCCGGUUCAACCUGAUGGCCAUUGUGUCAGACAGAAAAAUGAUAUAUGAGAGGAAAAUUGCAGAGCUCCAGGCCCAGCUUACUGAGGAUGAACCAAUGGAUACAGACCAGAGCAGCACCUUCCUCAGCUCUAUCCAGUCGGAGAUCGCCAAGUACCAGCUGCUUAUUGAAGAGGAGAAUCAGAAACUAAAACGAUAUAAGAUUGAAAAUAUUAGACGAAAGCACAACUACCUUCCUUUCAUCAUGGAGCUACUGAAGACACUGGCAGAGUACCAGCAGUUAAUACCUUUGGUGGAGAAGGCAAAAGAGAAACAGAGCGCCAAAAAAGCCCAGGAGGCCAAGUGAACAAGAACAGUCUUCAUCAGAGAAGCCUCUGAUUUCCAUCCACACACACACAAACACACAUCUGUCCCGAACCCUACAGUCAGCCACCCCCCAUCAGUGAGCCACACACAGACACUGUACAUCACCUGUCACAUUUGUAUUAAUGACUGAGGAUGAUCCACAGCACUCUCUCACCGUGGCAACUCCUGAAACCAUCCAGAUGAUGAGGACUGCCCUGCGGGUGUAGCAGAGAGACUGUCUGGAAAGGAGGGAAGAAAAAAAAAAAAAACUCCAUGUGUGCCCAUCAGUUCUAAUGCAUGAUUGAAGGAAAGAUGUUAUCAAAUGAUGUGAUGUCUUAUUUUCAUAAUAAAAUGUCUAGAUGUU